AUGUCCACCACCGCGAACCACAGCUGCCACGUGUUCAUCACAGGCACAUGCUCCGGCCGACAGUUUUUGAUUGACUCGGGAGCCGACAUCUCGGUUAUCCCACCUGUCGCCUGGCAUCGCGCCUCGUCGGAUUUGGUUCUCACAGCCGCUAACGGCACUCGGAUCCGCACUUACGGACCCAAAAAUCUACGUCUCAACAUCGGCCUCGCACGUUCUUUCCCGUGGCGUUUCGAGAUUGCGUACGUCUCGCGUGCUAUUAUUGGUGCCGAUUUUUUGAAAUAUUACGGCCUGUUACUCGACGUACGUAACCGCCGUCUCAUCAACCAAGAUUCGUCCACCGCUAUCAAAACCAGCGUCGCUAACGUACAAGUUUCAGACAUUUUUUCGGUAGUUCACCCACGAUGCUGGACGGACAUUAUUGCUGAGUUCCCGGCAGUUACGCGUGAAUCGCCGGUCCCGAAUAAGUUUACUCACACUACGGAACACACGUUGGACACAACCAGACCACCGUUAUUCGCGCGUCCACGCUACCAGCCGCCACACCAGUACACCAUCGCGAAAAAUGAGUUUGCAUACAUGUGCCAGAAAGGCAUAUGUCAGCCAUUGGAGAGUGCUUGGGCCAGCCCUUUUGCUGCUCUACUCCAAAAAAGACGGCACUUUAGUCGACCUGCGGUGACUAUCGGCGCGUGA